ACACCGCAUUCCCUCGACGAGCCUUGCGACUGACUAGCUCGGCACUCGCACAGUCCCACAACUCGUACAUCAAGCCGACGCACCCUUCAACACCGCCCUCCACCGCCUCUCCGCUUGCACCACCUCGCCCUCCUUCUCCUCGCCUCGUCCUCAGUCGCCUCUCCACGACCCGACCUCGCAAGACCGACCAUGGCCGACCAGCUCUACCUCCGGUACUACUCGGGCCACGUCGGCUCGUACGGCCACGAGUUCAUCGAGUUUGAGAUCACGGGCAACCGCCUCCGAUUCGCCCUCAACACCAACUACCGUAACGAGGGCCUCCUGCGGCGAGAGAUGCACCUCUCGCAGGCCGUCCUCGACGAGUUCAAGCGCAUCGUCGCAGAGUCCGAGAUCGUCAAGGAGGACGACGCCAAGUGGCCCAAGAAGAACGUCGUCGGUCGGCAAGAGCUCGAGGUGAUGCUCCCGCCCUACCACAUCUCGUUCGAGACGGCCAAGAUCGGCUCGCUCGUCGACGUGCAGAACUCGGACGACCCGGACGGCAUGCGCGUCUUCUACUACCUCGUUCAGGACCUCAAGAUCUUCGUCUACUCGCUCAUCUCGCUGCACUUCAAGAUCAAGCCGACAAACUAGGAGACGACUGUAGCAGGAGCCAGAUGUGCAAAACCUGCCGCUCGCCGGCGAUACCCUCU